UGUUGUAUUGUCGCCUAGCAACAUUCACAGCUCUAUGUAUCGAGACUUAUUUGCUAGGAAGCGGAGAAUAAAGCGGUCAGUUCGUCUCGACGCCAAAUUAAAGCGCAUCUCAAGACAACAUGGGAGGGAAUGCAUCAGGCAGCGCUCCCAACGCGAAGGACAUCGAUACGACUGGAGCCUCUGCAUCCACAGCGAGACAAGACAGACUGGAAAUCACUGGAGUGGAGGCCUCUGAUAAUAUGGUCCAAACUGACGAUGCUCGUCUGGAGAGCGAGUCCCAUGGUGGGGCCGUCCUUCAAGACGGCCAUGGCGACAAGGGAAACGCGGUUGACAAGCGUCUCCACGAGCCGCAAGGUGCAUCGAACAGCGCGGAAGACAUCACGCAAGGAGGCAUCUCUGCUUCCAAUGCUGGCACAGGGAAUGUGCGGACCUAUGCCAACAUGGACAAGGGCACUGCCGGAAAUGACGAUGCCAAUGACGUGGCAGCUGGUGCCCAGUGCCUGAGCACCGAUAGCUGUGUCCCAGGAACGCCAGCACUCUGUCCCAAGUGAUAGUGGCUCUGCACUUGUCAGAAAGCCUCGAGAUACAGGUUGGGGGUUCAAUGCCAGGGCACUGCGAGAUGCACCCACACAGAUCAUGAUCCAUCUCCAUUCUCAAGCCACCUCAGCGCAUCUGUAAUUUGAAUGGGCUUUAUUAAUUGAUUCAGUAAAUAAAAUCCUAAAUCAGUUUAACUAGAAGUCAGCACAAUUCAUAACUAUAAAUAAUAUAUUCAAAUUUCAGGGUUACAAUAAGAUAAUUGGUUCUUUACCCUUCUAUCUGGCAACAAAACUGACACCUUUUUGCAAGGAGUCA